AAUCUACUCAGUUAUCCAAGAAGACUCACUGGGGCAGAGAUUGAAAAUAUUAAUCAACGGUGUAAAGAAGAAAGCUUCUGGUAUAGAGCUCUUCCUCUUUCUCUUGGAAGUAUGCUGAUUGCUCAAGGACUAAUUAGUAAAGGGAUUAUCAAGACUGCUUCUUUGAAUACAGUAGUGGUGGUUGGUGCUGUGGCGUUUUUUGCUGGGAAAAUGUUAUAUAUUGAAAAAUGUACGGAGAGUUUUAGAAAUCUUCUUGUGCCAUUCGGACCGGAACAGAGCAGGAAACAUUCUCCUACAGAUGAUGAAGACAAAGGAAAUCCUCAAAUGAAAAAAACAGAUACUCCUGUUUCUUAAAGCACCCAUUAUCAAAAUCAACAUUUUACGCACAUUAAUGUAUCCCCACUCCACGUGAAGACACUGUACAGAAUUAUAAAUACUGGAAUAAAAUGAUUAUUUUUGCA